CAAAUACCACGAACUUGCCAACUGGUCAAAGUCCUGUCACUCACUGUUGCAAAAUAAUGCAAAAAUUUCUUGUUUACAUCGAAUUUUAUACAAACAAUUAGUUCAAAUUAACUUCUGUGUGAUAUGCGACGGUGAAAUAUCAUAACUAGAAUGUCGUGGCUCAAUUUGAACCAGAGUUUGAACAGUUUGAAAGGACAAAUCACGAACUUUGCUACUGAAGUUUUAUCUGAAGGAGUUUCCGAAGAGUCUGGUGACAAUGCCAUCGGUUCUGAUGAGAGGUACAAAGAACUAGAAGAAAGGUGCCGGCAGCAGGAGUUAGAGAUUCAAGAACUGAGGAAAAAAGAAGAGUUUCUAGUUCAACAAAAUGACAGGCUAUCGCGCAAGAAUGGCGUCAAAGACGAAGAGCAAAGUUGGUACUGGGACCCACCACCAGCCGCCCCCUCUGACGAGAGAUACAAACAACAAAUACAAGAACUCCAGAAAGAAAUAUCCUCCAUGAAGGAAAAUAACCAACACGGCGACUGCGAUGAAGAAUUCAAGAGGCUGAAAGAAGAAAACAAACAGCUGACUGCAAGUUUAGAGGAUCUAGAUCACCAGCAUCAACAAGCCAUGGAGAGGUUGCUGAGCUUGAAGAAAGAACUGCAGAAGAACUUUGAAGUGUUGAAGCAAGAGCAUGAAGAUUUGAAAAGUAGUAAUGAUGAGUAUGCUGAUCAGAUAAAAGUGUUCGAAAGGAAGAUGACGGAAAAAGAUGGAGAGAUUGCUAUGCUGGCGCCGCUUAAGGCAGAUUACGAAACGCUGUCGCACAAGUAUCAGAAUUUGGAAAGGGUUUAUGGGGUUUUGAAGGAGAAUGCCGAGAAAUUUCAGGAAGAAAACCAGGAUUUACAUGAAGAGGUGUUCAAGUUGCAAGAACAGGUUACGAAAAUGGAGCAUGAGAUGGAAAUUACGAAUAAAAACGCCGAGUUGUCAAAUAUGGUGCCCAGAGAUAAGUAUGAAGAACUUGAGAAGGAAAUUGCUGAUUUAAAAUCAAGGAGAAGCUCGGAUCGAGUUGACUUCGACGAAGUUAACAUAGAUGACAACGCUAAAAGCGUAAUUGAGAAUUUGAAACGAGACAUCAAUGCGCUAAAACACCAGUUGCAACAAAAAGUACAGGAUUCGUCCGAUCUUAACCUGAUAAAAUCAGAAAAACUUUCAGAACUGUACAAUAAGUAUGUGAAUUUCGAUCUUCCUGAAGAUUAUGUUGGAACAAUGCCAUCAGACGACAAUGAAGCCCUCGCGAAAGUGGAAAAUGCCCUGAAAACUCUCAGUAUCAUGAAAAGAAAUAUUGACACUCUCAAACACGAUUUGUCUGAAAAAUCCUUGAGCAUAAAUCAUUUGCAGACACAAAUAGAUGACCUGACUACAGAAAAUGAAUUCCUUACAACAGAUAUGCAACACUUUGAAAGGGAAGCAAGUGAAAUGAAGAAGAAUAAUGACUUUCUUAUAUCAGAAAUAACGGCCUUAAAGAAUUCGUCCAAAUUAGAACCAAUAAUAGAAACACACGAAGAUAAUUUAGUUAAAUUAGAGACUGAACUAGCUCACUGUAGCCAAAUUAACAAAAGCUUUGAAUCAGAAAUCGCACGAGUAGAAAACGAGUUGACUGCAGUUAAAGAAGAAAAAGUUCAACUUCAAAAGAGUCUGGAUGAACUAAAGGAAAAGUAUAAAAUAAUGAUAAAUGAGUUGGAGGAUUUCAAAAACCAAACAAAAACGCUUGAGGAGAUCGAAACAAAACUGGAAAAUAAAGGUAAAUACCGCAGUCAAGAAAUAGAUGAUUUGAAAAAACGGCUCUUAGAAUCAGAGUCAAGGGCGGAAAAACUCGCUAUUGAUUUGCAAAUAGCUGAAAACGAUAAAGUAAUCCUUGACAGACAGAAAGAUGAGUUGAAAGAACAGAUACAGAAAUGCAUGGCACCUGAAAGAGAAGAACAACUUUCGUCACUUAUAUUACAUACUAAAGUUCAGGAUCUAAAUAAUCAAAUAGCAGACUUAACUAAAACUAAAAUGGAACUAGAAACUGUUAUCAAGGCAUAUGAAGAAAAAAAUAACACGGUAAAUGAUACUGAAAAGGAAAACUCUGCAAUGGAAAUGCUAAAGUUGGAGAAUACUACCCUGAAACAUGAAAUCGAAAAAAUAUCAAGUAAUUUCAGUAAUCUCAAAUUAAAAGAGCAAGAACUAAUAAGUACAAAUGCUAAUCUUCAAACUCAUAACCAGCAAUUCGAAAGAACCGUUAACGAAUUGAAAACAGAAUUGUCUGCAAUGGAUAUUUUAAAAGCAGAAAUCAAAGAUUUAACUGAGACCAAACAAAAGUUAGAAAAAGAGUUGGUAGAAACAGAUGAAAAAAUCGCAAAACUGACUGAUGAUUUCGACAAAUUAGAAUCAACUCUUGGUGAAAAAGAUAAUAUUAUAGACACAUUAAACAAUACCAUAAACAAAAACAACCUAACCUUCAAUCAACAUGCGGAAGAUAUGGAGAACUUACAAAUGAGUUUAGCGAUAAAAAAUCAAGAAAUAGAAGGAUUGCAAACUAAAAUACAAAAUCUCUCUAAAAUUACUCAACUUAACGAUGAACUAACUGACAAAGUGAAAACCCUGCAAAAUGAACUAACUGCCAGUAACGUCACAAUAGCUGAGCUUAAAACGAAAAUGGAAGAAACCACAGCGUCUUAUGUGGAGCACAAAGAGCUAUUGAAUAAUAAAAACCAAGAAAUAAAAGAAAUGAACCAAUCAAUAGCUCAAAAAGAAGACAAAGAAGCUAUACACGGAAAGUUGACUGAUGACAACUACACCAUACUUUAUGCAGAAAAGGAAACAAUGACGAAAGAAAUAACGCAUUUGAAAGAAAAACUAGAAACAAAAGAAAAAGAAUUAGAGGAACUUAAAUCAAAUUACACAGCCUUAGAACAUGCCUACGAGGAAUGUCAAACGACUCUAAACCAAUCGGCACACGAAAAAGCCGAACUAAUAAAUCUUAUAACAAUGAAACACAAUGAAAGUUUACAGUAUCAUAACGAAAUACAGAGACUUAACCAAGCCAUUCUUAGCUUUGGCUACACGGAGUUCCAAACCCGAAUGAAAGAAAAAGACGAAUUAAUAUCUGCCAACGUAAAAUGCGAACAAUGCGACAAUCUAAGAACAACUUUAAAAGAAAAAGACGAAAUUAUAGUAAGGUUGAACCAGAAUAACUCGGCUGAUGCUAUAAAAGCUGAGUUAGAUGAAGCAACGUCUACUGUUAGUGUUUUGAAAGAGAAAUGUGAUAAUUUGGAGAGUAAUCUUGCGAAUCAGACGGAGAGAGUCAAACAACUCAUGGCAGAAAACGCUAAGCUGUCAGAGUUAGAAGCAAACUCGACGAAAGAACUGGAAAGAUUGCGACAGCAUCUCAUGGAGACAGAAGAGAACUACACACAAGAGCUAAUGUCGUCUGAACAGAAACUGCAGGAGUGUAUGGGCCGACUCAACAGGGUCGAGGAGAGGGCCAAGCAAAAUAGCACCGUGUAUACUAGUAACAGCAUCAGAGCGAAUCAAGAAGUGGAGACGCUCCGCACUCAGAUAAAACUCUUAGAGAGGAAAGCGGAGGAUAUCGGAGCGAAGCUGAGCGCCUCCGAGGACGCCAAAGCGAAGAGCGAAGCGUCGCUCACGAGUCUUCUACUUGUGCUGGACCAGUUUCAACAAGACAAAGAACGUGACAUUGAGGCGGCGACGAUAAAGCUGCACAACAAAAUUGAGAACUUGAAAAAGCAAAAUGGUGAACUGUCACAAGAGAUCAACUCUCUGAAGGCAAAGCUUGAAGAGUCAAUAUCGGGGUUGCAAGCAGCAAGUAGACUAGGUGACCAGUUGGAGACCAAAACUGCACAGAUUCAAGAAUUAAAAGAACAAGGUAAGUCUGUAGAAAUAAAUACAUAUUUUUUAUACAAAAAUCAAUUUUCACACAUUUUACUGACACGCCCCUAUCUCCCCGCGGCAGUGCGCACUCUACAAACCACGGUAGCGGCGGCAGAGGAGCGGUACCAGCGCACCAUCACGAACCAACAGGACAAGGUCGACAGGAAACUGGUGAAGAACAUGCUGCUGAACUACGUGCAGAGCCAGGGGCAAAGCGCUAGUAACAGAACCCAAGUCCUACGCGUCCUCUCCGGCAUCCUAGACCUGAACCAAGAAGAAUGUUCCCGUCUGGGCCUCGCCCGUCCCUCCGAGGGCAUCGCGGCGGAGUUCGUGCGGUUCUUAGAGAAGGAGUCUCGGCCGACGAACAGGUUUCCUACUGUGCAGGAGAUGACGGCUGAGAGGGCUGCGCGCCCGCAACCAAGCCCCGAGCCCCAACCAACCCACAAACGAAACCUGUCCACCGGAUCCAACAAUCUUCUCUUCCAAAACAUCGACGCCCUAGAAACCGCUUCUCAAUACAGCGCAGAAACAAGUUCCGUACACUCUGACAGCAAACCCGUGGCGAUAGUAGCGCCAUCUCUUGAAACUGGCGUGAAUCAGACGAGGAAUAAUGAGGGCGCCAUUUUGAAGCAGGUUUUGAAUGACAGCAUGUGAUAUUUUUACUUUUGAGGUUAUGUUUUUCGCAGUUUUGUUUAGAUGCCAUAAUUGAAAUGAUUUUGUGGGGUUAUCUGUUUGUAUGGUACCUACGGGUGUUGAAAAAUAGUAUUGUAAGCGAUAAAAGGUUUCAUAAAUUGUUUAAAAUUGCGAGUUUUGUGUGUCUUUCAGAUUACAAAAUACAAUU